AUGAUUGAUCUGACCAAAAAAUUGGUUGAAGAAAAGUAUACGAUCGAGAACGGUUACAAACACAACGCCAUGGUGAUAUACGGUGACACGGACUCGGUAAUGUGUAAGUUCGGCGUUCCUACCGUGGCGGAGGCGAUGGACCUGGGUCGUGAGGCGGCCGAGUACAUCUCCAGCCAGUUUCCGAAACCGAUUAGACUGGAAUUCGAGAAGGUAGCCUUUCUGUUGAUUCAGCAGCCCAGAUUUACUUCCCUUGUUUUUUUCCCACUAGUUUCACGUCUCUUAUUGUUCUGUGUGUAUCCUGGUUCCUCUCCACAUUUGUCACUAGCAUGA